AUGAUGGUGGGCUUUGAGAUUUGGAGGUUUUCAAUCUGGUUUUUUGUGUUGAAUCUGUUAUACUGUUGUAGAGGAACCGAUCCACCUGACCAGUACUACAUAAACUGUGGAUCGUCUUCCGAUUUUACGGUGGGCAAUAUCACUUACAUGUCCGAUAACUCGGCCUCAAGAUUCCUCUCAACCCCACAAAACAUAUUAGCCGAUAGCAACUUGAACUCCAUAGCCCCUUCCGAUGACUCCCCUCUUUACCGCACGGCCCGGAUCUUCACCGGACCCUCACGUUACACUUUCAACAUCAAUCGGGCCGGGCGGCACUGGAUCCGGCUCCACCUUUUCCCCUUCACCUUCCGGAGCUUCAACAUGAGCAACGCCACUUUCUCCGUCUUCUCCCAGCGGACCACGCUGCUUAGCGAUUUCAGGCCACGGAACGCAUCCGUCCGGGAGUACUCGGUCAACGUGUCCCGUGGGGCCCUCUCCGUCACUUUUUCCCCCUCGGCCGGCUCGUUCGCGUUCGUCAAUGCCCUGGAAGUCGUCUCCGUGCCCGACACCCUCAUCACGGAUGACGCCUCCCUCUACAGCCCUCCGGGCCCUUUCACCGGGCUUGUGACCCGGGCCUUGGAGACGGUGGCCAGGGUCAACAUGGGCGGGCCGUUGGUCUCUUUGGUGAACGACACAUUGGGCCGGACGUGGGUGCCCGACAGGCCCUUCCUCACAAACUCGAAUGUGGCCACCAAUGAGUCCAACAUCCCUUCGGUGCGCUACCCGCAAGCUGGUGCGACCCCCGAGUCAGCCCCCCCAACUGUGUAUGGGACGUGCACAAAGAUGGACUCCGCGGGUAACCCAAAUAGCAAUUUCAACGUGACGUGGAGGUUCCCCGUGGAUCCCGGUUUCCAGUACUUCCUCCGGCUGCACUUCUGUGACAUUGUGAGUACCGCCUCCAAUCAGCUUCUAUUUAACGUCUACAUUGGCGCGUCCCUUGUGCUGCUUGAUUUGGAGCUGAGCUCACGGACUGGGGCACUGGCAACUCCGUAUUUUGUGGACUACGUGACCCCGUCCAUGGAUGUGAGUAGCCUCAGCGUCAGCAUAGGUCCGUCUCCCAGGAGCGGUUAUCCCGAUGCCCUUCUCAACGGCUUGGAGAUUAUGAAAAUAAGCAAUUCACGGGACAGCUUAUCGGGACCGGCCUCUAUUUUACCAAAUCUCCCAGGCUCCUCCAAGAAAACUGGAAUGAUUGUCGGAAUUAGUGUGGGGGCCGUAAUUGCAGCAUUAAUAGUGGCAGGAGUCGUAUUUUUCAUGUGCAAAAGGAGAAAACGAGCCCGCCGAGCCCAGUCGAAAACAUGGGUCCCAAUAUCGGUCAAUGAUGGGGUCUCCCACACUGUGGGAAGCAAAUACUCGACGGGGACAACCAUUAACUUGGACUCUAACCUCAGCUACCGGAUCCCGUUUGCGGCUGUUCAGGAGGCAACCAACAGCUUUGACGAGAGCUGGAUAAUCGGGGUCGGUGGCUUCGGGAAGGUCUACAAGGGCGUCUUGAAUGACGGCACAAAAGUGGCUGUCAAGAGAGGCAACCCACGGUCCCACCAGGGCAUGGCCGAGUUCAGAACCGAAAUCGAGAUGCUCUCCCAAUUCCGCCACCGCCAUUUGGUUUCUUUGAUUGGGUACUGUGAUGAGAAGAACGAGAUGAUUCUCGUUUAUGAGUACAUGGAGAAGGGGACACUCAAGAGCCACCUCUAUGGUUCGGGCCUCCCGAGCCUAGGAUGGAAGGAGAGGCUUGAGAUAUGCAUCGGGGCCGCUCGUGGGCUUCACUAUCUCCACACUGGCUACGCAAAAGCUGUCAUCCACCGGGACGUGAAGUCAGCAAACAUAUUGCUCGAUGAGAAUUUCAUGGCAAAGGUUGCGGAUUUCGGGCUCUCAAAAACAGGGCCCGAGAUUGACCAGACCCACGUGAGCACUGCCGUGAAGGGGAGUUUCGGGUACUUGGACCCUGAGUACUUCAGGAGGCAGCAGCUUACAGAGAAAUCGGAUGUUUACUCGUUUGGGGUCGUUUUGUUCGAGGUCCUUUGUGCACGGCCUGUGAUCGACCCGUCUCUCCCUAGGGAAAUGGUUAACCUGGCUGAGUGGGCCAUGAGGUGGCAGCACAAGGGACAGCUAGAUCAGAUUAUUGAUUCUAACCUUGCUGGGAAAGUGAGACCCGAGUCUCUGAGGAAGUUUGGGGAGACGGCCGAGAAAUGCUUGGCUGAUUUCGGUGUGGAUAGGCCGUCGAUGGGGGAUGUGUUGUGGAAUCUCGAGUAUGCACUUCAGCUUCAGGAGGCGGUGGUUCGUAAUGAUCCGGACGAAAAUAGCUCGAAUGUGAUCGGUCAGCUUUCUCCACAGGUUGGUGAUCAUAAUAAUGAUAAUGAUAAUAAUGAUGGUAAUGCAGAGGACAGCAAUGCGGUUGCGAGAUUCGAGACGUCUAGCACGAGCGUGGACGAUCUUUCGUCUAUGAGUAGAGUCUUCUCGCAGUUGGUGAAAUCGGAGGGUAGAUGA